AUGGCCGAUGCCGGGUCAUCAGCAGUUACCAUUCACAUCAAAAAGUAUGACGACGAGGACGGAAAUGGUGUUCGGAUCGUAAGAUACCACCAGAUGUUGGUGUUUGGACGAGGAAACGCACGACGCCCAACAAUCGUCGCACCACCAGGCAGACGUUUAUUACGCUCAACGCAUGCGCGCGCGCAUAACAAUGAACGUGGAAUGUUUUGGUGGCGUCGUGGGUUAUGGACGAGGCCGCGGGGUAAAGAAGAUAGAUUCGGUGAGCACUCUGGGGAACCACCGUGUUAUGAUCGUGCUCAGAGACCACUGUCAUCAUGGCUAACGCUCCAGAACCUGUAUCUUGUCCUGAUGCUGCUCACGAGGGUUGGAAUAUGUGUCGGUCUUGGAGGCAUGGGCAUGAUAAGAAUCGCGCACUUUGCGGAACGAGAGGAACCACCGAGAUGUGAUCGUACUCAGAAACGCAUACUCGAAAAAGCAGAGGAACAAGAGCGACGUUGGGCCCACCCAGUACUGCAGACGUAG